AUGGGGAAGAUGAACUUCUACGUGCUCUGGUCCCUGCGUGACGCUCCCCGCCAGUUCAUCAGCAAAUCCUCCCGGAGGUGUUUCCAGGUGCAUGUGCCGCUGCCUCUGCCCAAACAGCUCGUCAUCUUCGGCCUGGGGGAGUGGAGAGGAGGUGACACCGCCACCAUCUCAGUGGACGUGCUGGUCAGUGCGGAGCUGCAGGCCCAGAGGAUCGGGACCCUGACAUCUCAGGCAAGGUGUCUCAUCUGGGAGGGAGCCUGGAGCACGGACAUCGCCUCUGUGGCAGCAGAGAGGGGCCGGAGGGGAGUUUAUGGCAAGAUUGUUCUCACAGUGUGUGAAGAGGAUGAAUCCAGUGUCCUCAGCAGCACUCCUCUGGCUCAAAGGAAGCGUCUGUUCCCGGAGCAGCACAAUGCAACUGAUCUCUGCAGCACUCUGCACCACGCUGCUGAAAAUGAUACGAUUACUACCAACUCCUCGCAGUUGUGUGACAGCGUUUCCUUUGCUGAGAUCCAAGUGAACAAAAUUUACACCAGUUCCAUCACAGUGGGCAACAAACUCACAGCUUGGCCCACGGAGAAGACACCGAGGCGGACGGUGAUCAGUAAAAGAGGCCACAUGAACUGGAGCUCUGAGGACAUGGACAGUCUCACUGAGGACAUAGACCAGGCUUCAACCCCGAAGAAAAAAAGGAUAUACAGGAUGAACAGCCAGGAAGGACUGACAGCGCAGAUAAAGAGUGACAACAGAAAAGUGUGUCCAUCGAAACGCUGGAGCCACACGAUGUGUCUGAGCGACCCCGACACCGCCGUCCUCAUCGGCGGAGAGACGGCAGAUCAAAGCUACUGCAAGGAUUCCCUGUGGAAGCUGGAGUUAGACAGUGACUUCUGGUUCCCCAUGAACUCCUCUGCCUCUGGACCUGUUCCACUUUGUGCCCGAGGACACUCUGCGACCUACGACCCAGACUCCAAGUCUGUGUUUGUGUACGGGGGCCUGAGGGAGGGUCAGCGCUACAGCGAGCUGUAUAUCCUCAACACUCUGACCUGGAAGUGGAAGCUUGUCACUGCAAAGGGGAACAUUCCAACUCUGGCGUAUCACUCUGCACUGUUCUAUAAGAAGGAGCUGUUUGUGUUCGGGGGAGUCCAUCCGGGACACUCGUCCGGGGAGAAGUCCUGCAGUAACGCUCUGUACAUCUUCAACCCAGAGUUUGAGCUCUGGUAUCAGCCCAUCGUGGAGGGCGACAAACCUCUGCCUCGGUUUGGGCACUCGGCCACACUUCUAUCCCAGAAGUUGAUGAUAUUUGGUGGCAGGAAGACUGCAACCUACCUCAAUGAUCUCCACGUUCUAGAUCUGGGAUUUAUGGAGUACACAGCUGUGAAGUGUGGGAACAUGCCCCCGUUGCCUCGAGGGUUUCAUGCCGCGGUCCCAGUUUCAGACAACAGGAUUUUAAUCAGUGGCGGCUGCAGUUCAAUCGGAACGCUCCAGGACGUACACGUCUUCAGCACUGAUACCAACAUGUGGAGUUCGGUGGCGUGUCCCGUGCUUUGCUCCAAACCUCGAGCUGGACACAGCAUGCUGAGUUUGAGCUGCUCCGUCCUGACGGACACCGAGAAGCACGAGCAGAGUGAAAACCUCAGAGUUUACUGCACUGUGCUGGUGUUCGGUGGGUCCGACUGCUCUGGUACCUUCUACAACGACACAAUUAAGUGCACAUUGGAGGUUCCUGGAGGAAAGUGAUGGAUCUUUAGAGAAAUUUAAGGACAAUAGUUUUCUGUUUUUUUUGUCUUCGAACAGAU